AAAAUAAAUAGUUUCAAAAAAAGCAAAAGUAACAAAAAAAAAAAAACAACCAUUACAAAUAAAUAAAAAACAAAAAAAAAAUAAUUUAGCUAUGGAAAACCUAGACGCCACCAUAGAUAGCAUGGAGAACAGUCGGUUUGCAGCGCUCUACGGGAGUUUGAUCAAGGAGUUAACCCUAACUUCGGAGUUGUCCCAGACGGACAUCACCUGUUUGCUCGUCGUUUAUUACAAGUUCUCAAAGGCCAACGGACCGCAGUGCAAGCAGAUGACGAAGAAGCAGUUCUAUCAGAUCUUCUUGGUGCUCUUCAACGUGGCCAGUGUCCAGGUGAUCGAACGCACUCUGCUCGCCAUCACAAAGGAUACGAAGUAUGUCAGUCCCAGGGCCUGGAUUCACCUCUUCCAUCUCUACACAACCAAUGACAUUCAUGUGCGAAUGCGAUUUGCCUUCGAGGUCUAUGAUACCAAAGGCACUGGCGUUAUUGAUCGCGAGCAAGUUGGCACGGCUUGCGAAAAAUUUUUUUACGGCGAAGACGAAGAUGAACUUAACGAACUUAAGGCGGACAUGACCGAGUUCCUCAUGAAGAAGUUUGAUCUGGACAAGGACGGAGUCAUUUCCUACGAGGACUAUUCUACUGUCGUGGAACAGCAGCCAAUUUUAGUGGAGUUCUUAGGUUGGUUAUUUCCAUCAAAGGAGGACAAAAAUCUUAUGGCCCAUUGUAUUAACCUGCAACUUAAAAUGAAUUAAAGAUGAUAUUGGUGGUCUGGAAAAA